CCGUUUCAUUUUCACAGUGUGUGGAGGAGUCAUGGUGGGUUAUGAGUUUUGAGCUACAACAACUGUGAAGUGUGAAGCUUUCAGGGCAAAGAAAAUGGCUAUGAUGCAGUGGUGCGGCGCACUGGCACGGCGAGUGAUGAUGACACAUAGACCACCUUCGAGCUCCCUAACACCACCACCAUCAUCAUCAAUAUCGGGAUCGGGAGUAGGAGUGCCGAUUGUGUGUGGGCGUGGGGACAAGAAGACCAAGAAGGGAAAGAGAUUCAAAGGGUCGUACGGAAACUCGAGACCCAAAAAGGAGAAGAAGAUUGAGCGUAUCAAGGACCGAGUUGAGGUCCCCAGGUCCACUCCUUGGCCUCUCCCUUUCAAGCUCAUCUAACUUUCUCUCUCUUUUAGUUUCUGGGUCUUUGAGUUUAGGGUCUGAGGGCUUCUUCUAUUAUCUCCUAUGGUUUUUUGUACAUUUUUUUCAUAAAAAAAGGUUGUUAAGAAUCAACUAGUGAAUGUUUCAUAUGUUUCUGACUUGUUUUUUUGAUAUUGGGUUCUCUUUGUUUUAAUGAAAUAUGAUGCUUUAUUGUUUA